CUUGAAGUAGAGUUUGGGCUUGUCAUGCACAUUUUGCAUGACCCGUCAGGUUUGUGAUUCUGGUGCUAGCGUCACAGAUUCUUUCAGAACGUCUUGAUGCUAAUUACGCAUGACAAAUGCCCUCUCCGCGACGUGCCAAGAGCUGACUCCUCUUGCUGCUCAUACAGCACAGAUAUUUUUAGACUCCGCAGACAGCAUUACAAGUCUCACACAUUUGCAGUUGAUACUGGAUCAACUGGACGGACGUGGUGGACCUGGCCACCCACUUCUCCUUUUACGAGUCCGCGGACAAAUUCACCUGUGUGGAGCACUAUGGAUUGCAAGAGUGAUCGUACUUGUACUAAAGAUUGCAGUCAUGCAUUACAAAUGUUCGCAUUAAGGGAAAUCCGCAUUACAAAUUCGAUUUAUCAUGCAGAAGAAAUUGAAAUUUGUCAUGCGCUAGCGAUUUCUACUAGUUUAAGUUAUUUUACUAGUACGAGUCUCUUGCAAUGCAUAAGCACGACUCGGUCCCGGUGGAAGACGCGGAGAGUUCGAAAGUCAUGCUGUAUCAAAAGGAAAAGACCCCCCUUCCCAUAUCAGAACGAAAUUUCUGAUGCUGGAUUUGCGUACAUAAAUCAGCCUCGUCUUGCAGUAGAAGAGGACUGCAGGCCCAUAUCGAGCCUGACUGGAGAGGUUUUGUGACAUAGGCGCCCAGCAUGACAAAAGUCCAUGCUGUAGGCCUAACAGCAUCACAAACCGCUGGCACAAUGCGGGGGGCCUUCUCGGAUUGCCUUCUUGCAAGACAGAAACGAUUUGUGAGUACAAAUCAGCAUCACAAAAGAUAUCUUUUCAGUAAGGGGAGGUGGGAUUAUUUUUCCUCGCGAUAUGCUGCCCACAAAGCCCAUGCUCCUCACCGUCCGCGUCCGGCCGAGCAAAGGUGGACCAGGACAAACAGCGAGUGCAACAACUUCGCCCACUAUCAUUUGUAAAAACGUCCCCACCCCAGAGUCAAGAUGGGGAUUUUGCAACACAUUUCUCGAGGUUUUGGGAGCCACGCAUGACAAGUUGCAGGCUGUAGUGUAUUGCAGUUUAGUAAGGGAAGCCGCAUAACAAAUCCAUCUCCUCAUCCUGUUUACAGCAUUACAAGUUCCAAAAUACAAUGGGAAAUGCCUCUUGUGAGGAUGCGCAUUACAAAUGCUCUUGUGCUUGCAGAUCUGCAUGAUAACUCUGGGGUGGGGAUGCCUUUACACAGGAGACCCACCGAUACUUCCUCAUCCUCGGAAAAAAUCACCGACUCCACGCUGCUGCUCUGGUCUGCCACGCAGCCCGACGGCACGCCUGAGGAGGGGGAAGAAGGACUACCCGACGAAGGAGCUAGUCCGGCGGACCCCGCGGAAACGGCGGCGCCAACCAAGGCGUCGUCGAAAUCGUCGGGAAAAAAAGAAAAAGACGCAGCCGCGGGGUCUGGUACAACAACUUCCCAACAGGAACAACAGGGCGGGUCGACAAGUAGCACGGCCAUUCCGACCUGCCAAGUCGUGCUCGCGGUGGAGCCGAUGGACCCAUCAGUACAUGCGGGGAGCUACUUUUUCCGCGCGAACAACUGGAAGUUCAACAGCUACCCGAACACUACGAGCACAGGGUCCUCGGGUGGAAAAAUAUCAAACCCGUUCACGACCGGUUUCCAGAAGCUCGCAAAUCACCUUUGUUACGCGAAGAAGGCCGCGGCUGGGAGUGCUGGUGCAGCAGAGAGCGAUCCGGACGCGCCGGACCCGUUCUGCUACUUCGACUACAACCCGCUGGCGCUGUCUGCCACCUGCACACACGUGACGGGUCCGAACGCGCCAAGGGUGCAGGGGUGUUUCGACGUGCCGGUGGUCGCAAACGGGUCGGAGCUAUGCUUCGCAAAUAUGUCUGGGUCUGCAAGAAUGCAGGUUUCGUUUGUCAUGCUUGUCUGGCAUGACUCUUAGAUCUGUGAUGCAUGAGCAGGACAAGGCCCUCUUGCCUGUCAUGCAAAAACGCAGUUUGCCAUGCAGUAAACGAAACACAUAAAAAACCGCUCAAAAAAUUGUCAUGCUUGGCGGCAUAUCGCAGUGCGCCCACCAUUCACAGAUUUGCAUCACAACUUUCCGGACCCAGAACGACUUGCAUUUGAUAUGAGCACUGCUUCUUGCUGAUCGAGGAUCCGACAAAAUCGGGAGCGAAACACCAGGUGUUGCUGAAAAAGUGCAGCGUGCCUAGUUCUGUAUCAGGAGCCGAAACUACGACGCUGAUGAACUACGAAGCCAGGGCGACAUUCGUCGAGCCCGCGGACUACCUGGAGCAACGAGCACACAUCCCGGUUCUGAAGAUCGG